AUGUCCAUUUUACAAAUCAACCUUAAUCAUGCAAUAGCUGCUCAAGCCUUACUUGAAAGAUAUAUAGUUAAUAAUAAAGUCUGUACUGCACUUAUUUCUGAGCCGUACAACUCUAAAAAAUGUGGCUGGUUCGGUGAUACCUACAAUAAUGCUGCAAUUAUCGUGAAUAAUCCUCGCAUCUAUUAUCCCAAUUUAAUAGAUAAAGGAGACAACUACAUAGUAGUUGAAGUUCAUUCUAUCAUCUUCAUUUCAAUAUACUGCCCACCUAAUGAAAAUAGAAAGAAAUAUGAAAAGAGAUUACACUCAAUUUCCAUAAUAGUCACUAAAUACAAUCACCUGAUGCUGAUAAUCGGUGGUGACUUUAAUGCACAUAAUACAUACUGGGGAUCUGCCAAAAAUAAUUUGAGAGGAAAAAUCCUUUAUAAUUGGGCCAAAACCAACAGACUACAUAUCCAAAAUGUUGGAAACAUUCCUACAUGCGUACGUCCCCAAGGUUCCUCUAUAGUCGAUAUAACUUUCGCCAACAGUAAGGCUUCUGCAAACAUAACUGGCUGGCGAGUCAUAGACGAAGAAUCCUUGUCUGAUCACAAGUAUAUUGAAUUUUUUCUUCAUCCGCUUACCCAUAAUAAACCUAUAAUUAAAAACUAUCCUAGAUGGAACGUAAAAUCUUUUAAUAAAGAACGUGCUGAGGCUGCCACUCUGGCAUAUGCAUGGGGCAACAGCCUGACCUCCUCCAACCCCUUUCAGUCCAAGAUCGACUUAAUAAAUAAAUAUCUUACCGGAAUUGCAAACAUCUCCAUGACUCGAUGCCAAAGAACCUCCAGACUUCCACCUCAACCCUGGUGGUCCAAUGAAAUAAAAACGUUAAGAAACUCCUGCCAACAAUACAGNCAGAACACGUAA